AAAAAACUUAAAAGUUGCAGGCUGGGCUCGAAUUUGCGACCCUCCUGCCUCAGUCCCCGAUAGAAUUUUUAUGGACGGUGAACUAAAGGAGACCCUGCGGCCCGACUCGUGUCUGAGGGUGCCCCCUGCCGCCCCAUUGUGACGCCCUCAGGAAUUCGGUUCCCUCCCCUGUGCCAGUCUGGGCACAGCGCCGGAGCCAUGGCCGAGGCGCAGGAGCAGCGGUUGCAGCUGCAGAAGGACAACCGUGACGGCCGCCUGCGGAAGCAGGAGCUGGAGGAGCUGGUCCGCGGGUUGGAAGCCGAGAGCGAGAGCCUCGCUGGGCGCCUGCACGAACUGCGUGAGCGGGAGCGCAGCCUGCAGCGGAGACGAAGCCAGGCGGCCCCAGCCCUACGCGGCGAGGCGCACGAGGCAGUGCAGGAGCGCGCGGAGCGAGUGCAGAAACUGCUGGAGGCUGCGGAACGCCGCAAAGUGGAGCUGGAGCAACACAACAGGCAGCUGCAGGAACAGUGGGAGGAGCUGUCAAGUCAGCUCUUUUACUACGGCGGGGAACAGCUGAGUCAGCAGCGCGCGGAGCAGCAAGCGGGGACCCACGUGGCGGAGCUGCAGAAACAGCUGGAGCUGGUGGAGGCCAAGCACGCCCUGCAGGCGGAGGGCCUGCGGCAGGACACGCGGCGGACUGAGGAGGCCUGGGCCAGCUUCCAGGAGCAGAGCGGAGUCCUGCAGGAGCUGCAGGGGAAGGUGAUGGAGGCGGCGGCCGCGCUGGACGCCUGGCGGGGCGGCUCGGAAGCGUGGGACUCGCGGGCUCUCCGGGUGCAGGACUGCGCGGGCUCACUCAUGGAGGAGGUGGCCAGGGCGGACUGCGAGAAGCGAUUGUUCGGCGGCGCGGGUUCGGGGCGUCUCAGGAUGUGGGUUUUGGGCCUGCUGCAGACCCUGGUGCUGCGUCCGCUCGGCUUCCUGGUGGUGCCGCUGUUCUACUUGGCGCUAGUAAAGCCCGACGCCGUUCGCCAGGGACUCGCACGCCUCCGCUCGGACGCCACCUUCCGCCGCCUGCGCUACACGCUGUCCCAGCUGCUGGAGUUGCGCGCGCGCGGGCUGCUGCCUGCCUAGAGCGCAUCACGCCGGCCGUGGCCAUCUGCACUUCUGUCUCCUGUGUGGUUCCUGGGGCACCGCGGGGGUUGCGGGGACGACUGAGGGUGUGUCCCUCCUGACCGGUGAGAGCACUUCAGCUAAGUGUGCCAGUCCUUCCCGCUGGGCCCUUGGGUCUGGGGAAGCGUCAUGGGUCUAGGACUGGCCUUUCC